AUGACUUUGGAAAAGGAAACUAGGAGUCGGUUCCAGUUCAGUUUCCCCGAUCCAAAUUUGUCUCUAUUGAAAGACUUGGUCGCUCGCGUGGAAGAUCAUGAUGGCUUUAGGAAGAGAUUUGGAAAUCUUUUAUCUUUGAUGAAAGUGAAAGUGGAUAGCAUUGCUUUGAGGGUUCUUUCCCAUUUUUAUGACCCAACGUAUCAUUGUUUCACUUUCUCCGAUUAUCAAUUGUCCCAGACUCUCGAAGAAUUCGCUUACAUUGUGGGAAUCCCAAUCCGUGAUAAGAUUCCUUUCAUUGGAGGAGAAAAAGAACCUAAGUCGCACAUUAUCGAGGCAUCUCUGCACGUUCCAAAGGGUAAGGUAGAAAAUAGUCUCAUCACCAAAGGAGGAAUUUCUGGUUUUCCCAUCAAGUAUUUGGGGGAAAGAGCUUCACAUUAUGCCGACAUGGGGAGCAAUGAUGUGUUUGAGGAAAUCUUGGCCUUAAUGAUUUUUGGGAUUCUACUCUUCCCAAGCUUCAAAGACUUUGUCGAUAUGGAUGCUAUUCGGGGUUUCAUGACUUGUAAUCCGGUUCCUACUCUUCUAGGAGAUGUCUAUUACUCCUCCACUUUACGGCCGAGAAGAAGGGUGGAUGGGUCUGUUGUUAUUCACCUAUAUUAUACAAGUGCCUAUGAUAUUGGGACGAUUGUAGUGAGUUAUGGAGAAUUCCCCAAUGUGCCUCUUAUCGGUACCAAGGGGGUUAUUACCUACAAUCCGUCUUUAGCAUACCGUCAUCUUGUCUAUUCCAUGGAUGAUAAGCCUAAAUCUCUUUUGGUUACUCCUGUUGUCAUUCGUGAAGAUGAGGAGAAUGUGAAUCUUAGAAGGGAUGUUGUGAAGGCUUGGUCUCAUAUUUCUCGCAAGAAAAAGUCCGAGUUAGGUCCUCGAAACUAUGUGGAAAAAGAGGCUUAUACUACUUGGAGGCUAAAGGAAGAGAAUGCCCAGUUAGUGAAAGAUAAAGACGUUUGGGAGAACAAAUUCUUAUUUGCUAAUGGGGAGUGUUCUAAACUCCAUAAUCAACUGCAAGAGAAGGAUGAUGUGAUUGUUCGACAGAAGGUAGCUCUAGAAGAAGGGGUUGCUAAAAGGCAAAGGCUGGAUAGAGAUCUCGAGGCGUCUUGGUUUUCUACCAAUCAACACAAGGAGAAGCUGCUACAUACCGAAGGACUUCUUGGACAAGCAUUGGAAGAGAAGACCGCUCUGAAGGCUGAAUUAAAGAUUAGGCCUAGGGUCCUUUGA